CGUGAGUCGGAACGCCAACUUUGAUCUACUUGCGUCUUCCAUUCAGUUAUUAAAACUUUAAUACUGAAAAUUAAACAAAUAAUAAUAAUGAUAAUAGAAAAAGAAAAAGUUAAAUAAACAAAAAAACGAAAUUAAGCCACAUAUAGUAUGUAUAAAAACAGAGUUAAUUCACGAGUCUUUCUCCUCUUUUUCAUCAUCCCAAUUUUCCAGGGUUUUAAUUUUUGUUAAUUUAUUUAUUUUCUUCUAUUUUUUUUCUUUCUUUACAAUUCAACCUUUUCUCCUCAAAAUUCUCUUCUUCUUUCUCUCUCCUCCACUCUACAAAAUCCUCUUCUUCGUAGAAAAUUCAGUUUAUCACUGGAACAAACGAUAAUUUUUUGUUGUUGAAGAAAAUCAAGAAAGAUGUUGCCGUCGUUGUCGUUAUCGCCUUCUUCUUCUUCGGUUUCUGCUACGAUUCGUGUUGAUAAGGCUACUAGCGAGCUUCUUGUUGGUCCUGAUUGGUCUAUGAAUAUGGAUAUAUGCGAUUUUUGUAAUUCUAAUCACUGGUUAGCGAAAGAUGUGGUGAAAGAAGUAAAAAGGAGGUUGCAGCAUAAGAAUCCUAAAGUUCAACUGCUUACCCUAACGCUUUUGGAGACGAUGGUAAAAAAUUGUGGCGAGUACAUUCAUUACCAUAUCUCUGAGCGUAAAAUCUUGGAUGAAAUGAUCAAACUUGUUAAGAAAAAGGCGGGUAUGUAUGUAAGAGAGAAAAUUUUGGUACUUCUGGAUUCAUGGCAAGAAGCAUUUGGUGGUCCUGGUGGAAAAUAUUCUCAAUACUACUGGGCGUGUGAUGAACUGAGGCGUUCUGGUGUUCAUUUUCCUCAGCGCUCUCCACGUUCAGCACCAGUGAUUACACCACCUGUCUCCCAUCAGUCAAGAGUCACUCAAAUUGGCUUUGGCAUGCCGGCCAAUUCUUCUCGGAGGCUGGAUGAAGCCAUGAGCUCCGAGGUUGAGAGCUUAAGUGCUUCUACUUUGAAAUCUAUGGAAAAUGUGUUGGAACUUCUGGAUGACAUGCUUCAAGCAGUCAAUCCUAAUGAUCGCAUGUCUGUGAAAGAUGAAGUAAUUGUUGAUCUUGCUGAUCGUUGCCGUUCCAAUCAGAAGAAGCUGAUGCAAAUGAUCACUUCUACUUCGGAUGAGGGGCUUCUUGCUCAGGGUCUUGAGCUGAAUGAUUCAUUGCAAGGUGUGCUCGCAAGGCAUGAUGGAAUAGCUGCUGGUACCCCUUUACCGAAUCUUAAAAAGGAUGCUAGUCUACAACAAAGUGCAACACCAGAUUCUAAUGCUAAAACUACUGAGGUUAGAGACAAAACUCCUGUAGAGAAUGGCAAAUCCCCAGCAUCUGAUCCACCAGGUUCAACAGCUCUAGCCGAAGUGGAAGAAGAGGAGGAUGAGUUUGCGUUACUUGCUCGAAGGCACUCAAAGUCACCGUCUGCACCCUCACAAAGUGCUGGGACAGGUUUUACAGAAGAUGCAGCCUCUUCUAGUGGAAGCAACAAUGCGUUAGUUUUGUUUGAUGCAACGGCGCCUGCAACAGCGACGACAAAUAGUAAUGCAAAAGAGCAAGAUCUUAUCGACCUUUUGAGCAUUGUUCUCACAACAAAUCCUACCCCCUCAGAAACCUUGCCUGCUCCGGAAUCAGCUCCAGCGCAGAAUGCGUAUGAGUCAUCUUUCAACAAUUAUGUUGUACCAUGGGCUCAACCGCAACCCCAGCAAACGGCGCAGUUGCCUCAGCAAAUACAACCACAAUACCAGUCGAUGCAAUCUCAGAUGCCAACACAAUCUCUCCAGGGUUAUGCUCAAUAUUCUUCUGCCUACCCACCACCUCCAUGGGAGGCAACCUCUGGUUAUGGCAGCAACCAAAUUCCAAGUUAUAAUCCAUACCUAUAUCCAACUUCUCAAGGACCGAUGAACAAUCCUUCAAUGUCAAUGCAAGGAGCUUGGCCUUCACAAAAUGUAUAUUCACAGUACGGAAAUCAGCCAAUGUAUUACACUCAAGCUGUUGGGAAUUCCUCUCCAUUGCAAACUGCACGUACACUUCAGCAAUCAAAUUCCUUCCACAAUCUGCCAUCUGCUAACGGUAACCUUAACUCAACUGCACAAACUACAGACGGUUCAUUGCCGAUUAACGGGGGCCGAUCACUCCAACAUGUCAACUCGUUUCCUGCAAAGGUCAACAAUGGAACAGCCAUGAACGGAACUACGCCAGUUUUGAAUAAUGGCUCUACCGGUAUUUCUUCAGGGCAGAAGACUUACAUUCCAUCUUACCGACUAUUUGAAGAUCUCAAUGUCUUGAGCGGCUCUGAAGGCAAGCUCAAGAGCGGUCCAUAUUCUAGCGCAUCUGGAACUCGGACAUAAUCCUUCAAUUGUGCAAGCGCCUCAAUGCCUUGAAUUGGAUUUACUCGAGCAUACUCUACAUGUGAAUAGAUGUGUAUAAUUUUUACACACUGGGUUUUGUAAUUAUGCAGACAUCUUUUGAUGUUGUCUUCGAAUGUGUGGUGUUGUUGGUACUUCCAAUAAUUGAUGAUAAUAGUGUCUAAUAAUUUAUCUUGGUUGAUAGAAACAUUUUUUAUAAAGUGCAUUUUUUAAUUUUUUUGUAAAA